AAUCAUUAUGGAACAACUGAUGUCGCAUGCGAGGUCAGUGCACAAAAUAAAUUCACGAAACUAGGAUCAGUCGGUCAUGUAUCAUCUAACGUUCACGUAAAGAUGGUGGAUCUGGACACGGAGGAAGCGCUAGGACCUAACAAGAUCGGAGAGCUACGCGUGAAAGCAAUCACCAUAAUGCAAGGAUAUCACAAGAAUCCGGAAGCAACGAAACAGGCCUUCGAUUCCGACGGUUGGUUCCGCACCGGCGAUCUGGCGUAUUACGACGAUAACGGAGAGAUAUACAUCGUCGACCGGAUAUCCGAUUUCAUCAAUUUUCGAAGCACCAACGUUUCGCCCGCGGAGAUCGAAACCGUUUUAAUGACUCAUCCCGCGGUGUUCCAAGCGGCGGUGUUAGGGAUACCCAACGAGGUCGACGAACAACAUCCGAAGGCUUUUGUUGUCCAAGUGCCGAACAAAUCGGUAACGGAGCAGGAGCUUAUCAGCUAUGUGGAGAAAAACUUGCCGUAUUAUUGCAGACUCCGCGGCGGUGUUAAAAUCGUGGACCAAUUGCCGCGCACGACUACCGGCAAAAUCGCGAAGAAGCAGCUGCGAGAUAUGUAUGUGAAUUAAAACGCACCGAACUAUGCGCAGCCAGGGAGGACGUCUUAUCGCGUGUACCUAAAUUGUGUUUUCGUCGAAAAAAAAAAAAAAA